AUGUCUUUUGCAGCAGCCAUCAGAGCAUCAGCCAUCCCAAAGGUGCCUCGCACCCGCAAGGCCGUACUCACACUCACACCCUCGGCGAUUGAUCGUCUGCGCGCAUUGACAGAGGGCCCUGAGCCCAAGGUCGUCAGGGUCGGUAUCCGUACUAAGGGAUGCUCGGGACAGCAAUACGAUCUUCAGUACACCACCAAGAAGGAGCGUUUUGACGAAGAGGUCAAGCAGGAUGGAGUGACAGUGCUGGUGGAUAACAAGGCGUUGAUGUCGGUGCUGGGAUCAGAGAUGGACUAUGUCGAGGACAAGUUGUCGGCGCAGUUUGUGUUCAACAACCCCAACGUCAAGGAGUCCUGCGGCUGCGGACAGUCCUUCAUGACAUAG